GCAAUUUGCCUGCUGGCGAUGGUCGCAGCCCACAGCAGCCCAUUGACUCGCGAGCAAGCUUUGGUGACGGUCGCAGAUAAAUACUGAUAAAAAGGCGUUUAGCAGAAAUCGGACAGGGGAAUUAAAAUGGAACCCAGUGUAAGGAAGCAAGAAAUGGAUAUGAACGGUGUGGACACAGACAACCCCACAAGCUACCUGAAGGCGCUUUUCGGCAACAACAGUGCGUGGAACAAGGCAAUCCUCUUUCCCGACUUGGAUCAGGAAUAUUGCGAGGCUGAAGGAAGUCCCCUUGACGUGUCGUACGCUUCCACGGUAGACUACCAAUCAGAAGUCGAAAAGACAGGUCACAUGAUUAGCACUGUCCAAUCAGGGAGCAAUGCAGAUAUACAUAAUAGUAUGAGCCAGACGUACACAUUCACACCUACAAAGGUCCCUGAACCUAGCGGAACGAGCACCAUGGACCAAGCCUAUGUCACUCAACGUGAAACUGAGAGACAUUGCAGAAGUAGGGCAAACGACCUCGAGGCCAUGGAUGUUUACUCUUCCCAAGAAUCAAUGGCUGCUACCAUUGCUCUUCCGCCUUCUACCAUUGUUCCACUACCAACGACCAAUGCUCCUCUGCCUACGAACAUUGUCCCUCUGCCUACUACCAUUACUCAUCAGCCUACUACCACUCCUCCUGUGCCUACUACCAAUGUGCCUGAAGUGGAAGACAUCCUCCCUCUGAUCUCCGACACGAUGGGGACACCGGGAAGUUUGACCAUGCAGCUUCACGGAAACCCAACACAGGCUCGAAACCCCAUGCUGCAGAACCCGGAUCGGCUGCCAACAUCAUUUACCAACGACGCUGAAGACGUCCAAGCUGCUGCUGACACCCCCAUGCAAGGAGCUGUUCCGUUGCAGCCUGACCUGUCGCAUGUCGACCUGGCCGAUCUACUGCAAUGGAUCCAGGGGUUUGAGCCGACGUACCAACCGAACCCUACUUUUGGAGCUGCCACUGCUUGUGGUACUCCUGGUAUUCCUGAUGGAAACAUACCGCAAUUGAGUGAACCUUUCACUACAGACUCAGUGGUGGAGCCUGGAUCCAUCAACGCUCAACUAGGACCAACGACGAAUCCAUUUACCAACCACAAGACCGAACCGUUCGGAACACCGACCUCCAGCUCAAGUUCAGAGCUCCCAGAAAUUUUGAACAUUCUCUCUGGUUCCACGUCCAAUUCUGCAGAGACCGACCUCAUGUCCACCCAGACGAUGGUUGAUCCUGGUAUGGACCUGGCAGAGGUUGAUGUCCUCUACCAACAGCACACCGAGCAGUCGUCCCAUCUAAGAUACAUUCCGCCUCCGGAACCGGAAGUGAUGAGCGACACAUCCGUUGCAGCACAUGGCCCUCCUACAACUGUCUCAGUUAAAGAGGGACUGAAGUCGAAGAUACAGCUCAAGCGACUCCAGAGAGGGGAAAAGGAACUCAUGGUUUAUUUCACCAACAAACCGUCUGGAGAGUUGACGGAAGAAGAAAAGCAGAAGAUUGAUCGCAGAAAGCAAAGGAACAAGGAUUCGGCCAACAGGAGCAGAUUAAACCGCCAGAUGAAGAUGAAGAAACAGAUGCAGGAGAAUGCUGAAGCAGAGGAAGAACUCGAGAAGCUGAAGUCAGAGGUUGAGAAGUCCAGAAAGGUCAGGGACAUUUUGCAGUACUGGUGGGACAGAGGCCUUUGUCACGUGACAACGGGCUUCCGGAAACCACCGUACCACAUGGGAGUCAAUGACUUGCUGGACGCUCUAGAGAAAUACUUGGCAUCGGACGCCAAGGUCUGAAUAAGGAAACGGUCUUAAGACAUGUCCGCGCAAAACCCAAUGCGCGACGUUCCAAUACGCAUGCCCGGAAGUACAUGCAACAGCCAUGCAUGGCCGGUGUCAUGUCCACGAAUAAACUGAGAGACUUAAGGGGCAAUUUGUUAAGACAAAAGUUACAACUCAAAAGAAGGUAGGGACAGGUCGAUACCCUUUUUUGGUUUGAUUGUUUGGGUUUUGGGGGGCUUAACGCCGAACUCAGCAAUAUUCCAGCUAUAUGGCGGCGAUCUGUAAAUAAUCGAGUCUGGACCAGACAAUCCGGUGAUUAACAGCAU